AGGGUUCAGUUGUUUGAGACUGGGAGAGAGUCAGCCAUGAAAACUUCUGCACAACCAACACUACUUGGGGGAAAAAGUUACACUAUUUGAUCCGACAAACUCGAAUAAGAGCCGAAUUGAACUCGCCUGGUCAUGGUCGACGGGCACAGGCUGAAAAAUGUGCAAAACGUGCGAUUUUUAGGACCGUUAAAGAUGAAAAACUUUUAGUGAUGUGUGGUAUUUGCGGAGUGACGUGUCUGUUUUGAUGAAGACUCGACAAAUCGGCUGCUUAUGGCGAUGAGACUUCGCUAAGAGAGAUGAGUCAGGCAGAGGAGGUGCCUGAGGAAAUGCCUGCAUACCUCAAUGAUGAGCCAGUUGCUACAGACAACAAGGACCACCCACAGACACAGCCGGGCCUCUUUGGUAGGGUGGCAGGAGGCUUUUACGGCGCCACAAAAGGGGCUCUAGGAGCGACAGUGGGCGGCGUGUCCUGGCUAGGAGGAAAGAGCCUGGACCUCACCAAAUCGGCCGUCAGCACCGUAGCCUCUGUGCCUGCGAUGGGCGUGGGGCUGGUGAAAGGAGGAGUAUGUGCUGUAGCUGGAGGAGUGACUGCUGUCGGCUCUGCGGUGGUCAACAAAGUCCCCAUAGGAGGCAGUAAAAAGAAGGACAAGUCUGACUGAUCGGAAGAAGAAUCGCAAGCCAAUGCACACAGCUGAGACUGUGAGCUGAGCAGGAAAAGAGCAACAGAGGACUCAAAAGUUCAGUGAAGGUUUGGUGAGGGGUCUGGUUUUUUGUCCUUAGUUUGUGCGUGUUUCUUUCUUUUUUUUUUUUUUUUUUUUUUUUUUUUUUUUUUUUUUUUCUUUGAGAUUGUUUUUGAACCUACAUUCAUACAAGGACCCACAAUGCAAGAACAAAUAGACUCUUCUGCUCUGUUAAAAUGAAAAAAAAAAACAAAAAACAGCAAUUUUAUAUCACCGGUGUCUGGAAGUGUUCAGCUAAAAGGUCCAUGGUUUUUUGACUUUGUCGCAUUCGUUAGCUUUAGUACCAGAGAACAGCUUUGUAAUAUAAAUGUAAAUGUUCUUCAAUUUCGCAAGACAAUCUGUGAUGAUCUGUAACUGACAGUAAGGAAUAUUUUAGGUAUUUCAAUGUUUCACUGUCUGUGGGAAAAUGAUGGUGUGUUGGUAAAAGUGCACAGUAUUACUUUAGUUUAAUGUUCUUUUUUGUUCAGGAUGUGUAAGUGACCAAAAAGUCAUGACAGUUUAGUUUAAUUUCUCUGUUGUUGUUUUUUUUUUUGUUUGUUUUGUUUUUGGCUGUGGGCUGGUGAUUUUAAAUUUCAUUUCCCUGACAUUUCCUCUGAAUUAGUGUCGCCCUCUGGUGGCAAAUGUUCUCAGCUCACAGAAAAAUAAUGUUUUGAUACAGAAUGCAAUGGAAUACAGUAUUUACUCUACUUACAGCUGUUGUGUUUAUCAGUUCACUAUAUGACUGUAAAAACCAGUUGCAUCUUGUUCAGUGAAUCACAUUUGAUACGCAGCACUACUAUAAACUAUAUUUUGAUAGCUACUGUGACAUGUUGGAUAGAGAUGCUGAGAUUUUUCUAUUGAGUCUCCUUUGGAAAAAACAAAUAUUGUGACCCUUUCUAAAAUAAAUAGCGUAGUUUUCCAAAUGCAUCUCUGUUUCUGCUUAGGGUCACUGUUGUUUACUGUUGGAUGAGUCUGAUUGCUGGAUUUCUUGACAUUAUAUUUUGAAUUUCAAGUUUCAAAUACAGCAGAUUUGCAUUUACUCAAAGAAAGACCUUUUUUAUUAUUCUACCUUUAACUAUAAAUGCUUUUCAAGCCUUGUAUUGUGCUUAAAAUGAGGUUUCAAAGCUGUUUAGUGUAGAGAGUGUGACAGUUUGCAGAGCAAUGAGAAGUGAAUGAAACAUGGCAAUAUGAUAUUCAGGGCUUGUUUAAAUAAAGCAUACUGAAAAGCUGGA